CUUAUUAUCAGGAAACAGUCAGGAUCAAGAAUCGUAUAAUUGGAAAAUUUCAAACCAUCUGGGGGUAGUAGUUCGGGGAGUGCUUGGUGUGAGAACGGAUAUUUUACUAAGGAAAUAUGGCAGUACAGGAAGUGGAAAGUAAAGACAAUCAACGGAAGGUUGCCAUUGGAAUUGACGAGAGUGAACAUUCAGAACGAGCACUUCAGUGGUACUUUGACAACGUGAUGCGAGCAGACGACUAUCUCGUGUUGAUACACACUCCAGAAAUUUAUGAUCUCUCUAUGGCCAGCCCGGCUGUUGUUGAUCAUCUGCUAAAAGAUCUAACAAAGAAAGUGACAGCUCUAGAGAACAAGUACAAAGAAAUUGUACAGAAAAAGAAGCUGACGGGCAAAUUCCGGACAGGUCAGGGGAAGCCAGGAGAGGUCGUCUGCAAAAUCGCUGAGGAAGAAAAGUGCAAGCUCGUGGUUACAGGCACACGCGGACUCGGCAAAGUCCGGAGAACAUUCCUCGGCUCCGUCAGCGAUUACAUCAUCCACCACUCACACGUGCCCGUUCUCGUAGUCAGAAAUGCAGCUCUUUAACACUUGUGCCCGUUUGUUCUUUGAUUCCUUGUACAUUUACUUGUUGACUGUACAUUGGACUCAGUCAUCAUCUGAAAUAUCAUAACAAACAGUCACAUGAAAUAUCAUUUAAACAUCCAUCAUGUGUAAUAUCAUUGAAACAUAAAUACAAAUGAGUCAAUUGUUGUGAGAGAAAAUUCAUAAAACAAGACUUUGUUGAGCGAAACCUUAUAUUUAUAAAAGGACUGUAGUAAGUAUGUAACGGCGUAGAGAUUCAUUGUUUAAACAAUGAGCACUUGACCUUGCUUUUGUUGUGGGAACACUCGAUGAUUGCAAAGUGGGUUUUAAUUUCCCUUUCUUAUUAUUUUUCAUGUAGUAAAAUUAAAACCAGGUCGCGAUGAAGCACAAUUCAUGUCUACUAAAUAUACGCCCACAUUUGUAUAAUAAGAGCAAACCUGAUUGAUGUACGCCCAAAACCGAGGUAUAUACGCUUUAAAUGUAGCUGAAUGGUUAGGGUAAUCAGCCCAUAAUACCGUUUUGGCUCAUUGAAGUCUGAAAUGUUGCAUUUUCAUGUGGUAUAAUAAAAUAUUUCCUCCAAUAUUGACUGCAUAUUUUUUACAAGGAUAAACUUCUGUGUGGAUGAGCGCACACUGGUAUAUAAAACUUUAAUCUGCCCAAUUAUAAAGGUUUCACUUGUUUAUUUGUAAAUGAUUCUUCAAAUCAUAUUUGAAAGUAAUAGUAAGGUAGACGGCCUAUUCGGGAAUGUUUAUGAACUAUGUGUUUAUUUCAUUACUUAUGUGAAAAACUACAGAAACAAGCUCAGUAGCCAAUUUCAUGUCUAUUUUGAUUGCAAUCUAGUUUUCCAGUUUUGUUUGUUUCAGUGUUGUAAGUCCGUUACAUUCGUCAUGAUCGUUUGAUCUCUUAUACUGUGUAUACAUUGACAUCAUUGUUAUAAUACUUCAUCGUGAGUGUUUCACAUGUAUUAAGCGUAGUGGUAUGCAAUCUCAAUAAAAAAAACCACAUGUAUAUUUAUGAAAAUAAACUUUCAUGUUGUUCUCUAGAACGGUAUAUUAAUGCAGUCGAUUAUUCAAUAUUUUAGUACUAUGUUCUUUUGACAAAUACUAGAAAGUUAUGUCUUUCUAGCUGUUUUCCAUCGUAAAUGAGAUAUAUACUUGAUUUCUCUUCCAGCA